CGAAUGGAGUGGAAUGGAGUGUGUGUACAGAAGUGACCACUCCUUCUAAUAAUGAAAUUUUUUCUAAAGUACACUUUGGGAGCUUAACGUAAAAGGUUUAUUCUCCGUGAGAAAGAACGACAUGAUUUUAUUGCGUUAAGCGAUCUUUCGUACAGUCGAUCGAUGCUGAUUGCAGAAAAUGUGGAUCUGGAUUUUGUUAGUGACCAUCGCCUGCGGGAACGGCCAGUUCUCGCAGGAUCAGAGCGAAUCGACGCGCACUCCUUAUAAUCGAUUCGAAGACAAAGAUCAAAGCGGAUACGGAGUACGAAAUCUGGGAAACACCGACAGUAUUAUAAUAAAAGAGGCUACCUACUUCGUGGUGGCGUCUCGAAUGGUCAGACCAGGACACAUCUACAGAUUAGACGUAAACGUGUUGUACAGUCCACUGCCGAUGAUGGUACGUGCAUCCAUUCAAAGGAACGGAGUGGAAAUCGCAGCUGAUUUUCAAGAAGUGAAAGAAGGCAUUCCAGAGACCCUUAUGAUGAGAUUACCUCCUACGUCCGUUAACGGGGAAUACAAACUGAGAGUGGAAGGAACGUACAACAGUUUGACCGGUGGCCAAGCGUUCUUGAACGAAACCAAACUGACGUUCUCUCAGAGAUCGAUGACUAUUUUCAUUCAGUUGGACAAGCCCGUGUACAUGCAAGGGGAGAUUAUAAAGUUCCGAACUAUACCGAUUAACACGGAACUGAAAGCGUUCAAUAAUCCUAUCGAUGUGUACAUGUUGGAUCCGUACAGAAGAAUAAUGAAGAGAUGGCUGAGCAGACAGAGCAAUCUGGGAACGGUGUCGUUGACUUAUCAGCUUUCCGAUCAGCCGAUCUUCGGGGAGUGGAUCAUACAGGUGAUAGCUCAGGGCCAAGUGGAAGAGAAGACCUUCUUGGUCGAGGAAUACUACCAAACACGUUUCGAAGUGAACGUCACGAUGCCGGCUUUCUUCUUCGACAACGAUCCAUACAUAUACGGCACGGUUCAAGCAAAUUACACAAGCGGUGCUCCGGUAAGAGGGAACUUGACUUUGAAGGCGGAAUUUAAAUCGCUGGACAGAUCGUACGCGGAAACCAGAUCCGAGCCGGUGGAGAGAUACUUUUACUUCGACGAAUAUUAUCCCUCGUGGCUGAAGGUGCCGAAUUAUCAUUACAACAACAAAGCGCCCGUGCUAAGAUUCUUCAACGGCACCUAUCACUUCUGGUAUCCAAUGGCGGAAUUACUGUCGUUCGUCCCCGCUGCGGGCGGUGUCGAAGUCACGGUGACAGCGACGGUUGGUGAACGAUUUCUGGAGGAGAUAGUCACGGGCUUCUCCUCCGCGCGGAUAUUCAAUUCCACGACGAAAAUACGGUUCCUAGGAGGAUCGCCGCAAGUUUUCAAACCGGCGAUGCCGUUCACUUUGAAUCUGGUGGCAUCGUUCCACGACGACUCGGCUCUGAGACCGUCGCAACUGAGAGGAGCCGUGAUGGAAAUUCGCGCGGACAUCGACACGAGAUCGGGAGGUCGUAGAACGCUGGAAACUCAAUAUUUGAGACAUACACCGGACAACGAAGGCGUUUGGUCCACCACGAUCGAUUUGAGGAAACAACUCGGUCUCGAUCACGGCUCGGAACAAGCCCAGCAAAUUCUGAACGAUAUCUCUUCCAUGAGAGUAUUCGCUUAUCUGACCGACGGAGAGGGGCACAGAACGCAAACCGAGAUACUACUGCUGGCUCACGAGUCGCCUAAUCAGCAGCACAUCAAAAUCUCGACGUCCACCGAGAAGCCAAAGGUCGGCGAGUACAUGAUAUUCCACGUCCAAACGAAUUUCUACGUGGACACGUUCAACUAUCUGAUAAUGGCUAAGGGUAUGAUACUUCUCACCGGGCAGGACAACAUGGUACACAAUAUAAAGACGAUCGCCAUUCCUCUGAGCGCCGAGAUGGCCCCCGUUGCGACCAUGGUCGCUUAUAACGUCGGACAAUACGGCACCGUCGUCGCGGACUCCUUGACUUUCUCCGUGAACGGGAUUUCGCGCAACAACUUCACCGUGUUCAUCAAUAAUAAGAAAGCUAGGACCGGGGAGAACGUCGAGGUGGCUAUCUACGGAGAACCGGGCGCAUACGUCGGCCUCUCGGGCAUAGACAGGUCGUUUUAUACGAUGCAAGCCGGGAACGAGUUGACGUACGCCAACGUGAUAUCGAAAAUGGCCCAUUUCGACGAGACCACAAACGGGACUCACUCGCACACCUGGCUGUUCCACGAGGGCGAGCCGGACGAAGUCGUCUAUUUCCCGUCGUCGACCUUCGGCGUAGACGUCAACAGGACGUUCGAAUACGUAGGAUUGAUAGUUUUCACGGACGCGUUUCUCUAUCGAAGGCCGGACAUAUGCAACGCUACGCAAGGGUACGGCGAAUGCCUCACCGGGAGGUGUUACAGGCUGGAGAAAAAAUGCGACGGAACGUACGACUGCGACGACGGGACGGACGAGACCGGUUGCGAGUACAGGAACGUGACGGACAUAGCGUUGUUCAGAAAGUGGAGGUUCAACCGACUCCAGAGGCAAUACGAGAACGUUUGGAUGUGGAAGGACAUAAACAUAGGACCUCACGGAAGAUUCAUCUUCAACAUAGACGUGCCCAGGAGACCGGUUCACUGGAUGGUGACGGCGUUCAGCGUGUCGCCCAGCGUGGGCUUCGGCAUGUUACCCAAGUCCAUCGGGUACAUGGGAGUCCUCCCGUUCUACAUCAACGUGGAGAUGCCUACUCAUAGCAAACAAGGGGAACAGAUCGGUAUCCGCGUGUCCGUUUUCAAUUAUCUGCGCCACAACAUCGAAGCCGUCGUCGUGUUGGACGGUUCGAGGGAUUACAAGUUCGUACACGUCGAGGACAACGGUAUCGUUCAAUCGUACAAGCCUCGAACGUCCUUCGGGCAGCAUCAGUUCUUCAUCUGGGUGCCUGCCCAGGACGCUGCCAUUGUCUACUUGCCCAUAGUACCGGUUAGACUCGGAGACGUGAAAGUGCACAUCUACGCUACCACGGUGAUCGGAAGGGACUCGGUCACUCGCACCUUGCACGUGGAGUCCGACGGCCUGCCUCAGCACAGGCACCAGUCCAUCUUGCUCGAUCUAAGCAACCGCGCUUACGUGUUCCAAUACAUGCACGUGAACAUCACGGAGACACCGAUCAUACCCUACGACGAAAACCGUUACUACGUGUUCGGAUCGAACAAGGCGGUGCUGAGCCUGGUGGGAGACGUGGUCGGCCCGAUCUUCCCGACGAUGCCUGUGAACGCGACCAGUCUCAUGAACCUUCCUAUGGACUGCGCGGAACAGAACAUGUUCAGCUUCGCUGCCAACUUGUACACGACGAUGUACAUGCGUCUGAUAAACCAACGAAACAGAACCCAGGAACGGGAAAGCUUUCAUUACAUGAACAUCGGUUAUCAGAGGCAGCUGUCGUUCAUGAGUCCCGACGGGUCGUUCAGUUUGUUCCGCACCGACUGGAACCAGUCUUCGCCCAGCGUAUGGUUGACGGCGUACUGUGCCCGCGUCUUGCAAGAGGCACGGUUCUACGAAUGGGAGAACUAUCUUUACAUAGAUCCCGAAGUGAUAGCUCAGUCCGUGUCUUGGCUGUUGAAGCACCAGACGCCCGAAGGAUCGUUUCGCGAAGUCACGUGGUUGCCCGAUCGCAAGAUGAACGGCUCUUUGAAUUACGAGCACGACAUAAUACGUCAUAGAAACAUCAGUCUCACCGCUCACGUUCUGAUCACGCUGCAGAGCGUAAAGGAUCUGCCCGAAGGGUUGGGAACUCAGGUCGCCGUGAGCGCCAGCGGAGCGGUCAGAUGGUUGGAGAGGAAUUUGAAAUUGCUGGAGGACCGCGGCAAGCCUUACGACAUAGCGAUAGUCUCUUACGCCUUGUUACUGGCCAAAGCUUCUACCGCCGGUCAGGCGUUCAAUAUUUUGUCGAGGCAUGCCCGAAGGGAGGGCGGGCUGACUUACUGGGGUAGAGAGCAAGUGCCUCUUCCUCCUUAUAAGCUGGAGAACCAGAAGCCGUUCCUUCUCCCGCGUCUGCCUUACAUAUACGAUUCCGAGAACAUCGAGACCACCGCGUACGCGCUUUUGGUGCAUGUAGCGCGUCAGGAGAUAAUGAUAGAGCCUAUAGUGAAAUGGUUGAACUCGCAGCGAUUGACGGACGGCGGCUGGGCGUCCACGCAAGACACCGCGUGGGCGAUGAAGGCGUUAAUGGAUUACACGAUCAGGUCAAGAAUUCGAGACGUCAGCUCUUUAACGGUCACAGUCGAAGCCACGGCUCUCCCGGGGCAAACUAAAACGCUGUUCGUGAACGAUCAGAAUCUUGCGAGGCUUCAAACGAUAGAGAUACCAGAAGCCUGGGGAACGGUGAAGGUACAAGCGAAGGGCGCCGGGUACGCGAUUCUACAGAUGUCCGUACAGUACAACGUGGACAUCGCUAAAUUCCAAACGCAACCGCCCGUGAAAUCCUUCGACCUGGUCACCAGAGCCAAUUUCCACGGGAGGAAUCAGUCUCACAUCUCGUACCUCAGCUGCCAGAGGUGGACGAACGUCAACGAAUCUUCGCGUUCUGGAAUGGCCGUGCUAGACGUAGCCAUCCCGACGGGUUACAUCAUUCAGCAACAAACCUUGGACAGAUACAUCCGGUCUAAACAAGUGAGGAACUUGCAGAGAGCACGGUUCCUAGAGAGGAAAGUCCUCUUCUACUUCGACUACUUGGAUCAAGAAGAAACAUGCGUGAACUUCACUAUAGAGAGAUGGUUUCCGGUCGCUAACAUGUCGCGAUACCUUCCUAUAAGAGUCUACGAUUACUAUUCGCCGGAACGCUUCAACGAGAGCAUAUUCGACGCCCUGCCCACGUACACGUUGAACAUUUGCGAGGUGUGCGGCAGUUCUCAGUGCCCGUACUGUCCGAUUUAUAACGCUGCCACGGCGUUGGCCACGCCGACGGGUUUCCUGCUCGUAUCACUCCUGGUCGUCGUGACGAGAUACUUUCGAACACAGGAGUUCAGCGUGGGAUAACAACUUGGAUACUUAACGAUCAUCAAGUAUUUAACGAAGCUGGAAAAUUGGGGUAGGUUCUUGGCUUUAUCUCAUUCAUUGCCAUGUCUCAAUGUGUUGAUUAAAAUUUGGUGCAAAACUGGAACGAUACCACCUGGAAUCAGAUGAUGGUCGAGAAAAAUCGAGUCACGCUGGAAGAUGAUCAAGCGUGACUCGAUUUUUUAAUAUCUUUUGACGCGUACUAUCGUCGAGUCGUUUCGAUUCGUUGAUGUACGUCAGAAAUUUUAUAUCUAACGCACAAGUGUAGAGAUCGUGUUCUUUUUUAUAUAUUCUUUUAAUCUUUGUAACGUUCGUUUCACGUGAUUCACGAAGCGUGUCGAACUAACACGCAAACGAUGUUUUCAUUGUACUUUGAACGUAGUUCAACGAACAGGGCGAUGCGUCCCGUAAGGCAAAGAGUCGUAAAGUACAAAUGAAAGUUACUUUAGUUAGUCGAGAACAAGUUAGUACACCAAAACUUUUCUAGUAAUAAUAUCCACUUAAUCGUGGACGUUAAUGAGACCCGAUCAUCAAUUCGAAUCAAAUUCUAACAUUCCGAUUGAGAAAAGUUGCUGUACAGUAGGGUACGAUAGUGGAAAACGCGAAAUGAUCUAUUGAACAUAAACGUCACUCUGAAUCUCGUUUAAUCGUGUACUCUGCCACUACGAAGAGUUUGACUUUGUAUAGUUGUUUGUUCGAACGUCAAAGAUCUAUUUUUAGUAAUUUAGCGCUUACGAUAAGAUUAAUGUUCAAGUCUAUUUUUGUGUUAAAAAAGAAGGAGCAAACGUUGUAUCGCUGCUGUUUCGGAGUCGAGCGACGUACUUUCGUGCUCGUCCGAUCGACAUCGAACAAGUUCGAAAGGGACGUCGUAAAUUUCCCAAGACGCAGCGAGUACUGUUAAUAAUACCGUCCAUGAAGUCUGCUUUAUAUUAAAACAAUAACAUACUAUAUUGUAUCGUUAACAACUGAAAUGCAUCUACGGCAUUGUUUUUAUCUUACUCGACACUCAGAGGAGGAACGCACCGACGUACGACGAUGUACGUCAAAUUAUUUGUAAGAAUCUAAUUUAACAAUUUCAAUCCGUCCGAAGAUAAGUUGUAAUUUAAAACGAAGAGAAGGCAGCAUUUAACGUGUUGAACGUACUUUUAAGUUUUGUAAUCUUUAUACAAAUAAACGAUAGAAAAUAUAUUUUA